GAGGGUUAGGCUUAGGCUGUGUUCGGGAAGCUCACUAUCAGCGCUAAAACUCUAUAGUCAUGUCACGUAUACUAUAGAUUUUCAGCGCUACGUAGCGCUAAUAGCGUCUCCCCGAACACAGCCCAGGCGUAGCGCGUAGGGUAUGAGAUAAACUUCACGAAUCAGAUAAAGCUUUCACAUUUAUAGAUACAUAUAUAUUAAAAUAUCAAAAAUUACUUAAAGAAGUUUGAUCGUCGUUAUAUCAAUAUAUUAAUUUCCCACAAAAUGGCAUCCAAUGUGCAAGAUUACAAUAUGGACAAGGAAGAAGAUUCACAAGGAAACCAAUGGUAUGGAGUAAGAGAAGCUACGCUGUUCUUAGUUGACAUAUCGGAGAAAAUGUUUGAGAUAGACUCAGAAACCAAAUUCAGCUACAUCCAAAACUUUUUUAAGCUGUACGAGCAAAUUCUUCGGCAGAAGUUAGCAUGGAGUAUGCAAGAUUGGAUGGGGGUGAUAUUGUUUGGCACUCAAGAAAGUGACAAAGCUUCAGAAUGGAAGAACAUUCGUACUUUACAGGAAUUAAGAAUCGUUACUUUAGAUGAUUUACAACUAAUCAGGAAACUAAUACAAAGUGAUAUGAGGGGUUAUCGGAGUAUGAAGUCAGAUGAUACUUAUCCACUUUACGAUGCACUAUCAUACGCGUUGGACAUUUUUUUGAAGAUAAAAACGGUUCUUACCAAACGUAGGAUAGUUCUGAUUACUUGCCAUACUCCUGAAUUUAAAGACGAUGAGAAACACCGCAUCAGAUUGAAGGCAGCAUCUUUGAAGGACUCGGACAUUAAAUUGCACGUAAUUGAUUUGAGAAAGGAUUGGAUACACGAUCAAUUCUAUAAAGAUUUGGAAAUAUUGUCGAGAAAAACGGACGUAGACGUUUAUCGAAUGACAUCAUUGGUGGACUUGAUACAACAGAUUAAAGCACCAACCAAGAACAUCGCGCGCUUGUGCUUCAGAAUGUGCGGCUUAGAACUUGACUUAGUCGUGCGUACUCUGGGCAGAAAACAUAGGUGCUUACGAACGAAACCAUUAAGCAAGGCAACCAAUGAGGUUUUAUCGAGAUCGGCAUAUUUUGGCAAGGACGAAGAUUUCAAUGAUGAGCAAGACAGUGAUAGUGACGAACCUAACUUACCUUAUAUAAUACCAGAAGAACCCAACGUAGAAACUAAAGAGUACAUCGGUGGCAGGAAGUUGUGUUUCAUACAGAACGAGCUUUUCCGAGUAAAGCAUAUAUAUCCACCGGCUAUCAAGGUGAUAGGCGUAAAGCCUAUCCUUGACGAUCUCUUCAGGUAUCAUGUUAAACGGAAGUAUUUCGUCAGAGCAGAUUACAGUACUCGUAAAGAUAAUUUAUUAUUUUUCGGUGCUUUGCUAAACAAAUGCGCCGUUAAACAAAAGAUGAUAGUUUGUGCGUUUACAUUACGAGCGAACACUCAGACCAAUCUCUGCUACUUGAUCCCGAAUACCGAAUUGGGUGGUUUUUAUCUAUCACAAAUUGCUUAUCAAGGAAACAUAGGAGAUAAGAACGAAGCGUUGCACCAUUAUGACACACAGAAUUCGGUAACCGACAAGGAAGUUGCAUUGUGGAAAGAAGCAAUCAAGCAACUCGAUAUGAACUAUCAUCCAUGCAUGUUUAAAUCUUACAAAUUAGAAUGUCAAGUACAAAUAGUGGAAAAGUUAGCUCUGGACGAAGAACCUGGCACGCCGCCGCCUGAUUCUAUCGAGCAGUCAUUUUUAAAAACUUCUAAAAAACUCGCAGAUGUGGUAUCCAAGUUUAAAAAUACAUAUGACGAUGCAGACAACUGCGCUGGUCCAUCCAAACCAAAAAGAGCUAAAAAAAGUAACAAAACAACUUCAUAAUUAUUAUUAGCUAUCUGGAAGCCUGCAAAGAAUAUUUUUAUAACAUAUAGAAUGAUAAACAAACAUUUUUGCGACAAUUUUAUCUAUGUAAUAUUGAGUUGUAACAAAAGUUCAUAGCGUUGUUGUUUAGUGAAAUUCCAAAAUUAUUAUAAAUGUGUAUCAAUUUUAAGUUAAUCAUUAUUUGCGUUUUUCUAUUCCACUAUUUAUCUUUGUGAUCGCUACAUUCCGUCUUCCAAAAUGUUUUUCAUACAAAAAUUUUUAAUUUAUUACAACCCAAUAAAAAGGAAUUUUGAAGGACAUAGCAAGUGUGGAAAUGUGUGCAAAAAGACAUAUUUUUUAUAGAUACUUUAUAUUUUACUCACUAAUAAAAUGUUUUAUUCAUACAAAGCUGAACAUGAAACGUUUAGUUUCUGUGAAGAAUUUUUUGAUAUCGUAUGCUUGUUUGUAAACAUUUUAUAUUUUAUUCGAUUGUGUUGAUGAGUACACUUAUCAACACAAAAACAUUAAAUUUUCGUUUUCUUUAAAGUAUAAGAUUUUACCAUCUAUUUAUGAAUGUUAUACAUUAUUGUGCUGUAUGUCAGUCUUGAACUUUGAUGUGGCCACUUAAUAAAGGCACUACAGGCAUUGAUAUGUGAUCACACACGUGGUUUUACACAAUUAUUGUCAUUCUGUUUCAUGUAUUGACAAACAAUUUCCAUAGGCAAUUUAAGUCUCUAAACUUGCAUCUUUAUUGCUAGGCCUCAUGCUUGAAUGUACACAUUGCAAAUAUGGAUAAAAGUAAUGAAAAUUUAUUUCUUUUGGUUAAAUUUUCCGCACGCAUAAUAAAAUAAACUCGAUAUAUGAUUAAAUAUUAGGUGAAGGAAGAUGAGAAAUCAAAAUUAAUAUGUAUUAAUAUGUAUACAAAAAUUACACCCAAAAACAAAUCUGUAAAAUAGGAGACACUGGACUUCAAUUGUAUACAUAUGAAAAAUCAAUGGAUAGAAUUGGACAAUAUUAAUGCAUGAUGGUAUAUUAUGAAAAUAUCGAAUGACUAAAAAAGUUACGGUGUUUCAAUGUCAAUGUAUCAUACAGUAAUAAAAUGUAAAAAUAAAGUAAUUUAUUUAAUCCAAUGUAUAAAUCGUUUUAGAUAGAAAUAAACUGUUUUUUUUUA